AUGUCCGAAUCCAACACUUCCACCGAGCCACACUCCCCUGCCAGCCAGACAAACCCUCCCCCCGCCCGCUUACACGCCUACAACGUCAACGACGCCAUCGACCCCGAGCCGAGCUUGACCGCGCAUCAGCCAAACGCCAUGGGCCCUGACCGCGCUCUCGCGAAGGACGGCACAGACUCGCCGGAGACCGACAUCGCCUCGUCCACCCCAUCUACCCUACCCCCGCGCGCUCACCCCUCCACCACCACGCCCGCAGCCCCCACACAAGAAGCCGAAGAAGAGUCCGACCUGAGCGACGUAGACGAGGCGAUCUUGUCGGCCGCCCCAGCGCCAUCUCGCCGAUUCGCCGCGGAGCCAUCAGUGCGCAACUGGACGACGAAACAAGCAGCCGCACCAAAGUACACGCCCGCACCAGCAUCAGAAGAUGAAGAAGAGGAAGAAGAUGGCACCCUCUCGGCACAUCCAGGCCUAUCCCACCCCAACGCCGCCGCCGCCGCCACCACGGGCCAGCGCCAGCCCUCCGCGUCCCUGAAAGCCGCCAUUGCGCGGGAAGUUGCCCAGACGGCUGCGGAGGCGAGGGCAGAGUUGGAGGCCCGGCAGAAGAAGAGGAAGGAAGGGAAGGGGGAAGGGAAGGAGAGGGUGGGGUGGGAGCCCCAGCCCUACGAUACGACGAGCAUGCUCAAGCAGCCGGGCAGCAGAUUUGGGCCUUGGGAUGGGGAGAGGCCGUACUAG